UGAGAGAGAGAAAACAAGAGAGCACAAAACGAGGCAUCAAUAUGAGGAGGGUACAAUAAUAAUAAAAUUCAACAGUCACGUACCCGCCAGAUUCUACCAUGUACCAGAUCGAGCGAGAGAACCGUCGUCAGUUUCAGUUUAUUUUCAGCAGACAGUGGUUAGCGGAGGCAUCGUAGCAAACGAUGGUCAUUUAAAAGCGGCAGAACUGCCAUUUUGGUUUUACCAGAACUUCACCAGCCAGUAAAACGUGGCGCGAUAGUUUGGCUUAGAUGUCCGGACAUACAAACGGGGCAACGAUGAUGACCAACGGACAGAACCCUCCGGCUCCGGCGGGAACCUUCAAGGAUGAACUGGACGACUUUGAGCGGUUCGCCCUGGACAAUUUAGUUCGGAACGAGUGGGGACUAAAAGUGGCUACCCUCAAUCGGUUGGUGUACUGUGGAGUCUCGGUCGAAUGUUUGGAAGUGAUUGAGGAGCACGAUCUGAAAGACAUCUUCAACGACGAACGGGCCAUCGGACAGAAGAUACUGCUGCGGCAUCGAUUGCGAGAGUGGCGCAAGGGAUUGCACUGGAACUCCCCCGAACACCCGGUACCGAAACGCCGCUUCGAACGCAACUCUCUUGACCCACUGGAGCUGGAAAAGAAACCGCGCAUCUCCACCAGCAAUUCCCUCCACGAAUCGUCACCCUCCACGCCAAACAUCAUCCUUCCGGACACUCGAAACCCUUCCGGGGGCAGCGGAAUAGCCUCGUCUUCUACGUCCACAUCGUCCUCCAUGACGGCUGCUGCCCUAUCCAGCAGCAACCUAUCGACAGGCAACGCUAUUACCGAUGCUGGUAGCCUCCCUAUCCAAAUCACACCGGAAGCUCUGGCAGGCUUUCUGCAGGGAGGUCGAUCCGGCCGUUGGGUAUUGAAGUUCUACUCCGACAACCACCACCUGGACAAAAAAGCUCUAACCGAGCUAACGCACGUCGUCGUCGAGCCGUUCCUCGUUUUCAACAUUACUUUCACACACGCUUUGAUGCGACAUUACGCGGAAGUCAUCUGCCAGCUGUUCCCCUCGGAACAGGCAGAGACGUUUUACUGCCCGCGGAAUAUGAUUCGCAAAAAUCCGACCGGGAAGCUCUACGAUCGAUACGUGAACCAACGGUUGCGCUACAAAACCAAGUUCAACGCCCAAAGGCCAACCUUCGUACCGGACAGCCAUCUGAAUCGAACAUUUGCGGAGAUGAGCACCGUUACAAUGUCGUCGAUGAUGCAGCAACACCACCAACAGCAGCAGCACUACAUGGAGUAUGCUGGAUCUGACCCGCGGGAGUUCAACAGGACACCGACCCAGCCGGAGAGUUUCAGCGAGGAGUCAAUGAAUAUCUACGGCGGGGACGAAGGUUCCAUUCUGAUCGAUGGCAACUGAAGUACAAAGCUACGGAUAACGAAGGGGUAGAAGCACAGCAAUUUAAAAAAAGCAUUUAGCAUUAGAAUAGAAGAUACUUUUAAGUUGUACGUGACAAAAAUGUAUGUAUGGAAGUUUUAUUAGAUAAGGAAAUCCAAUCUUAAUUUUAAAUAAAUUAAUAACAUUGCUAAUUUAGUAA